UACUCGUCUCCUAAAACUCUCAUUCUUCUUCGUCCACUUCCCCACCCCAUCGCCCCUCACUCCCUCUCGCGAUCAUCCUAAACCCUUCUUCGCCGGAGCUCGCGGCGGCGUGGGUGGCGGCGAGGGGCGAAUGAAGUGCCCCUCCGUCGCGUGCCUCUGGCCCUCCGCCCCUCCGCCGCACCGCGUCACCGCCGCCGCCUCCGCCUCCGCCUCCGCCUCCGCCUCCGCCGCCGCGGCGCUCUACACCGGUGGAUCGGACGGAUCCCUCGUGUGGUGGGACCUUUCCGAUCCGGAGAUCCGGCCCAUCGGGCUCCUCUGCGGCCACGCCGCCCCCAUCGCCGACCUCGCCCCCUGCUCCCCCUCCGCCGCCGCGCCCUCCAUCCUCAGCGCCUGCUCCGACGGCGUCCUCUGCGUCUGGAGCGGCGGAGGGCGUUGUCGGCGGCGGCGAAAGCUCCCGCCGUGGGCCGGGGCGCCCUCCCUCCUCGCGCCGCUCCCCCUCACGCCGCGCCGCGUCUGCGUCGUCUGCAGCUCCGCUGACGCGGCCGCUCCCCACCCCAACGAGGACGGCGAGGAGGCUUCUACGAAGAGAUCGACCAAGUGUAACGUUCUGAUCGUUGACUCGUGCACCCUCAACGUAGUCCAAACAGUGUUCCACUCGUACCUGUCGAUCGGGUCGCCUACGGCAGUGGCGGUGGUCCCGGCGGUGGAGGGCAAUGUGAACAAGAAGCAUGAUGUAGUGUUGGUCGAUGGGCAAGGGCGUAUCCAGCUCUUGGCGAUAUCAGAAUCCGACCAUGAUGGCCAAAGUGAGAUUUUUUCCUAUUGUAGCUCUUCUUCCGAUCUCGGUUCAUCUCUUUUGGGGGAGAAUUCGUUCGAUGGGGCUCAGGCAGUGGCGCUCGCUGGCGAUGGAAAGCUCGUGGCGUUGGUUUUCGGAUCUCGGUGUUUGUUUAAGUCCGUAGCGGAUGGAGCCAUCAUUGGGGAGAUCUCUUUGGUUGGUACUUCCCUUUACAAUGAGGACUCUUCAUCAAAGGUUCGGCUCAUCGGCGGCAUUUUUCUUCAGGACGAUGAUUCAGAAACUGGGAAUUCAUCUAAUGGCGUCAUAAAAACCGUUGCUUUAUGGAAUACUAAUGGUGCAGCAGUGGUGUUUAGAAUUUCCUUUUCUGGUGUUGCAUUUGACUUCAAGCCUCUGUGUGAGAUUCCAUCAAUUCCUUCUAGUUCCGAAGGGAAAUCGUCGAUUCAUUUUUGUCAGUUAAAAGGUGAUCUUAUCCAGAUCGUAUCGAACUGUGUCACGGUCGGCAAAUCUUCCGUGUGGGAACCACAUGUCUCGAGAUGGUCAAUUCAACAAUUAGAAUCUACUGCUUUUAGCAAGCUGCUUGCGGAAGGGAGCUUUUCAGGUGAAUGGCCAAUAAAAGGAAGAAAAAACACAGAUUUAUGUAAAAGGACUGUAUCUUCUUCAAUGGUGCUCUCCGAAGAUUUCUAUGCUCCUUAUUCUGUAGUUUAUGGCUUCUAUAGCGGUGAAAUAGAAGUUAUUCGGUUCAUAAAUCUGUUUCCGGAGGUAAAAUCUGGUAUUGGAGGCAUCUAUCCUCACAUCUCCGAGCAGUUCUUUUCAGGACACUCGGGUGCAAUUCUAUGUUUGGCGACACAUCGAAUGCAUGCACAAUCCAACGAACAGAACUUCAGUCGAGUUCUAAUAUCAGGUAGCCUCGACUGUACAAUCCGUGUAUGGGAUUUUGACACGGGUAAUCCCCUUUCAUCGUUCCACCAUCACGUGGCUCCUGUUAGGCAAAUUAUACUGCCGCCACCUUGGACUAAUAAACCCUGGAAUGACUGUUUCCUCUCCGUUGGAGAUGAUGGCUGUGUGGCUCUUGUUUCUCUUGAAACUAUGAGGGUGGAGAGAAUGUUUCCUGGUCAUCCUAGUUACCCAUCCAUGGUAGCAUGGGAUAGCAAAAAAGGCUACAUAGCUUGUUUGUGUAGAAAUCUUCUGUCUUCGCAUAAUGCCGUUAGUGUUCUAUAUCUGUGGGAUGUGAAAUCUGGUGCUAGAGAACGGAUUAUUCGAGGGGCAGCUUCCCAUUUGGUUUUCGACCAUUUCUGUAGGGGAAUAAAUAAGAACUCUAUUACGGGUGGUAUUUUGGGAGGCACGACCUCGGCUUCAUCACUGCUUCUUCCUGUUUUCAAAGAUAAGAACAAUUCACAGUUGAAAAAUAGUUCAGUAAGGAAUGAGAAGGGUACAACUGGCAAUUUUCACAGGGGUAAAAUGGAUACUAUUGAGUUCACUUCUCUUGCUCAGAGCAGUAAGGAGAAGGAACCAGCUCGUGAUGAUUUCUUUCGGAAUAGUUCUACGAAGAUUCCUUCUCACAAAAUUCUUCAAAAGAAAAAGCUACCCAUAAAAUGUUCUUGCCCUUUUCCUGGCGUUGCAAGUAUUAAGUUCGAUCUUUCGGCUCUUAUGUCCCCCCUCAUUGCCAUGCCAAACUGUGAUGUUAAGCAGCUAAAAGCCCAUCAUUCUGACCAUGAAUCGCAAGAAAUACCUUUUGAAGCUGGAACUUCUAAUGAUAAUUCAAAUGUAAUCGACAGUCCUUCAAAAGAAACACUAGAAGGACGUCUACUUCGGUUCAGCUUAUGCUUUUUACACUUAUGGGGUGUUGAUGGUGAGCUAGAUAAAUUGCUUGUUGAUGAGAUGAAUAUAUGCAAGCCAGAAGGCUUCCAUAUAGCUCCUGGUGUGGUGGGGGAUAGAGGUUCUAUUACGUUAAUGUUUCCUGGCAUGUGGGCUACUCUUGAGCUUUGGAAGUCUUCAUCUGAAUUCUGUGCAAUGAGAUCCCUCACCAUUGUUUCUCUCGCUCAACAUAUCAUCACUUUGUCCCAUUCCUGUACAACUGCUAGCAGUGCCUUGGCAGCAUUUUAUACGCGGAAUUUUGCCGAGAAAGUUCCACACAUAAAGCCUCCUUUGCUCCAGCUCUUGGUGAGUUUUUGGCAGCAUCCUUGUGAGCAUGUCCGCAUGGCUGCACGCUCUUUAUUCCAUUGUGCAGCUCCACGUGCUGUUCCAUGUCCCCUGUAUAAACAAAAGAUCAAAUCUUCUGAAUUCCCUUCAAGCCCGUUGAACCAUGUGGAGAAUCUCCUUCCAGAUAUGAAGAAUGCAUCUUUAACUGACUAUUUAGAAUCCGAGAGAAAUACGGAAAAUCUCAAUCGGCAUGAAUCUGAAUCAUCUCCCAUACUUUCAUGGCUGGACUCAUUUGAGAAUCAAGAAUGGGUUUCUUGGAUUGGUGCAACAAGUCAGGAUGCAAAAGCCUCUAAUAUCAUCGUUGCAGCUGCUUUAGCUGCUUGGUACCCUAGCAUUGUGAAGGAUGAACUUCCAAAUUUAGUUGUUAAUCAGCUAAUCAAGUUACUUAUGUCCAUGAAUGAUCGAUACAGCUCGACAGCAGCUGAGCUCUUAGCUGAGGGAAUGGAAAGUACGUGGAAAGACUGUUUAGGUGCUGAUAUUCCUAAACUUACUGGAGAUAUAUUUUUCCAAAUCGAAUGCCUUAGUGGUUCCCCUGCUAGCUGUGUGAUAUGGAAUCCAGUAGUUGCUGUUACUAUUCGGGAAGCUUUGGUUGAUAUUCUUCUACCGACCUUAGCUAUGGCUGAUAUAGUAGGAUUUUUUGGUGUUAUUGAAGGUCAAAUUUGGGCAACUUCAUCUGAUUCACCUGUUCAUUUGGUAUCAGUGAAAACUCUUAUCAGAGUAGUCCGCGGUUCUCCCAAGACCUUGGCACCAUAUCUUGACAAGGUAAUAAACUAUGUUUUACAGACGAUGGACCCUAGCAAUUUGGUCAUGCGUAAGGCUUGCCUUAGUGGCUCUAUGGUUGCAUUAAGAGAAAUUGCACGUGUAUUUCCAAUGGUUGCUCUUAAUGAAUCUUUAACACGGUUGGCUGUUGGAGAUGCUAUUGGAGAUAUUCAUACUGCUACAAUACGCGUCUAUGACAUAGAAAGUGUGACCAAAAUAAAGAUAUUGGAUGCAAGUGGACCACUGGGUCUUCCAAGUUUACUUGAAGGAGCAUCGAGUACAAAGAUUGCUAUAGCAAUAUCAGCUUUGAGCUUUUCUCCAGAUGGAGAGGGGCUCGUUGCUUUCUCUGAGAAUGGGUUGAUGAUCAGAUGGUGGUCAUUGGGAACUGCAUGGUGGGAGAGGAUCAGCAGAAAUAGUCUUGUUCCUGUCCAAUGCACCAAGCUCAUUUUUGUUCCUCCAUGGGAGGGCUUUUCACCUAACUCUUCUCGUCUGAGUAUAAUGGCAAGCAUUAUAGGGAAUGGAAAACAAGCAAAUUCUCCGGAUAAGCUGAGGGAACUCAAUGAUGCUGAUAAUCUGAAACUGUUAAUUCACAAUCUUGAUCUUUCUUAUCGGCUUCAAUGGAUUGGAGGAAGGACUAUUAAACUCACAAGGCAUGGCCAGGAGUUGGGCACAUUUCAGUUGUGAUCUCAUCAAUGCUAGCUGAAUUGGUGACUUAUCUUGAGGAGAUUGUGCAAUUAGUUCACUCGUUUACGCACCAGGUGUAAGUGCACGUUUCAGUUGUGAUCUCAUCAAUGCUAGCUGAAUUGGUCAGUUUUCAUAAAGAGGUUGUGCAAUGAGUUCACUCGUUUACGCACCAGGUGUAUGCGCAGUUGAUGAUUCUGGUCGCUAUAUAAGCUUUUUUCUACUUGGAAGACGAUGAUUUCUGAAGAAGAAUCAAUCUUUCUGUUUAUUCCUGGUUUACUGUGUGCACUGAACUGAGCAAGGAAUUCAUUUGAUUGAGGAGAGAGAGAUUCAUCUCUCUGAUCAUUCCUCGUUAACUGAUGGUGUGAUCUGAACUGAGAGGAAUUCAUUUUAUUGAGGUAGAGCUCGUAAGUUGUCUGGGUUGUGGUGCAAUGAUGGAUGACUCCCUCAUCCAGUGCCUAUGACGACAGAAAGGCGUGAAACAAAUGCAGGAAAAGGGAUGAAAUAAUAAACGAGCAAAAGCAAAUACAUCAUGCAUUUUGUACAAAGUUUUCUCCAGCAUUGCACAUGGAUCUCUCUGCUUCGACAACUCUGGCUCCAGUGUGUUUUAAGCCAACAACUAUCUAUAUAAGUACGUACAUAAGAGGGACAAAUAUCAAUGCCCCCUGAUAAUUAAGUUAUGUCGCAUGUAUAUAAAGGUUGGCAUCAGUAUUCUUUUGGUUGUAGAUAAGCAGUUUGAGGGGGUCUGACCGUAUUUAUGUACAAUUGUAGUGGCAGGAGUUAUGUUAGUUUGAUUGAUGAAAGGAUGUUCUUUUUGCUUAUUUAUUCAUUUUCAUGAAAGUUUCUGUAUCUAACAUUUCUCAAUCCCCUUAAAAUUGUGGAUUCAACACUUGUGAUGUU